UCCUCACAAGUUGAAUACCUUUGUAACGAGUCAAUCGUGUGACGCUGCAUACAAACUAAGUAUUAGGUCAAUAUUAAACAUAUUUUGUGUUUAGUUAUUCAAUAUAAAUGUUAAUAGUUAAGUGUAAUUUUAUUUUGUAUUAGAAAUGAUUUCUUUGACGUUUGUGUUGUUGUGUUUUGUGUUGUGUCCGUUUUGUGUGUGCCGUGAAGAAGGGGAAGCGUGCAAAAUAUCGGUGAACAAUGUGACGAACCUGGCGGGGACUUGCAAGAGAAUCGACAAAUGCCCUUAUGCGAUGAAAGUGCUCUACGAAGAUGAGAAGAAACCCCCGAUGUGCUGGUGGGAUGAUGACGUCCGUAUAGUGUGCUGCCCCACAGCCGACGUGUUCUACCGCACGGGGGUCCACGGCAGGCUGUACGACUCCAGCAGCGAUGGGGUCAAGCGCUCUGCCAACACGAUUUGUCGUUACGACGGCAAUCAGCACCUGUGCUGUCCCGCCCGGCGCGCCUCGCCGCGACCACGCGAGCUCGGUUGCGAGCCGCUGACCCCACGCAGAGCGCCCUCACACUUCACCAUCGCUCAACGGAUCGCCUGGGACAAAUGCAUGGCGAACCAGCAGUACAUCAAACCGUGCGUGGCGGGGAAGGACACCAGGACAGGGAGAGUGGACAAACACCGCCUCAUCAGAGUGACGCGCUGCCACAUCCCGGAGAACCGGUUCAGGAUAGCUGGUGGAGAUCCCGCCAUUUACAAGGAGUUCCCGCAUAUGGCUGCGCUGGGCUUCUACAACGAGACAGCGUACGACGUGGAGUGGGUGGGGGGAGGCUCCCUCAUCGACGAGCGGUUCAUCCUCACCGCGGGACACGUGCUAAUUGACCCACAGAAUCGCCCCCUACGGUACGCGCUGCUGGGCACCGUGAACAAGACGGACGUGCGCAACGGCAGCCUGUACAACGUGGUGCGCAGGAUCCCGCACCCGCUCUACGACUACUCCACCAAGCAGAACGACAUCGCGCUCGUGGAACUGGACAGGCCGGUGAUGAUGUCGGAGUUCAUCCGACCGAUCUGCCUGCCCGUGCCCAGCUUCCAGACGGACAACAGCCGCCGGACCAUCGCCGGAUGGGGCCGGACCAGCCAAAACUCCGGACCCUCGCAAAUUCUACACAUGACCGACGAAGUGUUUAUAGCCGACCACUCAACCUGCACGAAGCUGGAAUCCAACACAAAAUUCCAUUACAACUCCACCACCACCAUAUGUGCGAAGGGUUCUAUCCAGAACAUGGUCAAAUCUGCGGAUACUUGCGAAGGCGACAGCGGCGGGCCCCUGAUGCUGCUGCUGGAGAAGUCCCUGUGCUCGUACGCGGUGGACGGCGUGGUCUCCUUCGGGCCGCACUGCGGGAGCGGGGAGGCCGCCGUGUACUCGCGCGUGGCGGCCUACCUCGACUGGGUCGUGCGCACCGCGUGGCCCGACGACUGGCAGCGACUGCAACGUGCCGACUACGACUGACCACGACCAGGCCAAUAGGGAUGAUGACAGAUUUUUAAAUUGUAUAUAAAUUAAGAGUAUGCUAAUAGUAAAGCAAUUUUGUAAAAGUAACAGGGUAUCUGCGAUCAUUACUUUCGGAGCUACAGGGAUUUAAAGGGUCAGAUUUGCGGCGCUGCCGCGGAUCCCUGAAAAACGCCCCAUACAAAAUGGUACGAUAUAUAAUGAUCGUUUGAUUUGUAUGAGCGUUAAACAAAAUCACUAAUAUCUUUGUUAUUUGUGCGUUUAUGUUUAUUGUUCAUGUAUUGAAAAGUGUCAUAUUUAAUAAGGAAGCUAAAACUAUAUGAAUUUUCAUCUAAUUACGAUAAAAGAUUUUUAAUAGAUUUUGAGAUUUUAUAAUCUCAUUUAUUUUGCAAAUAUCCAGACAAUCUUUGCUUUUUAUGUAUAAAUUAGUUAACAAUUACCUUAUUUACCCGAAUGUAUCGUAAAAAUCAAUAUAUUCAAACCUAGUCAUCAUCCCCAUUGUAUACUUUACUUGUAAAUGUUUAUAAUAAAUAAGUGGCCGGGCUGAUAACGAAACGAAUAACGUUCAAGGGUAACUGUCAUCUUUGACAGUUAUAUUUAAACCACUCGUUACUGUUACACAUGCUCUAAAAUAGCAUGCUAAAACAUGCUAUCAAGUAUGCUCCAUACGAGCAUGCUUAUCAUCAGUUUACAUUCUACUAGCAAUAAUCAUGCUAUUUUUAAAUAUGCUCCUGAAUAAGCAUGCUCAAAGUAAACAUUCCAAUUACACAUGCUAAUUUGUAUCGCUCUCUAUCUAUAGUAUCGUGUUCGACAGGGAGAGAUGAAGGUGAAGAGAAUACACAAUAGCAAUGCUGAUCGACUAGCAUACUCAGUAAGCAAACCUGUUCAGACGCGCUAGUAGCAUGCUCAUAAAUCGCACAUCUGUUGAGCAAGCUCAAAAUAAGAAUGCCCAUUAUUAGCAAUGUUGCAAUACACAUGCUAAUAAGUAGCAACUGCUCAAUAGUAGCAUGCUUUCGUGCUUGAAAUGAGCUUGUGUAACAGCUUUAUUCAAUUGUCAACAUCCCUUGCAACGAUAUACGUCCCGAAUAGCUAAUUUUCGUCAAAUA